CGUCCGUGUGAAAGAGCCCUUAGUCUAGGUUCACACCUAUGUGUUUUCAGCAGCAUUUUGCGGAAACGCACAGCCGUCCAUUUAACAUGAUUUCCUAUGGGACACGUUCACAUCUCCGCAUUUUCACCCGGUGUGCUUUUUGGAAAGGGUCAGGGACUUUUUUAAAUGCAAAAUACUUCAAUGGAGACGCUGCAGAAAAGCAAGUAGUGUGUUUUUGCUGCAUUUUUUACAUGGUUUUUGAUGCGUUUUAAUCUGCCUAACAGCAAGAAAAAAAAAUA